CCUCUGCUCCAUUUAAAAUGAAGCAUCUGCUAGCAGUCUCUCAUCAUUUUGGAAAGCCUAAACAUCUACAUGCAACCAUGUCCGUGUUGAGGAGGUCAGUGUUUGUGGAGUUAGUGCUGUUUGCUCUCGUUCCUCUGAAUGAUGCCGCCUGCUGGACGGGGUUUCUUAAAAAGGACGGGACUCACUGUCAGGAUAGUGUGGAUAGGACCUGGCACGCUGUGGGAUCUGCCUGGACCAACAGCAGAUGUGAAAAGUGUGAAUGUACCACUACCGAUAUGGCAUGCUGUGAUGGAAUGCUAAAGGUGCACGUUUCCGGCGACUGCACUGUGGUGUAUGAUUAUGACACCUGUACAUUUGAUGUGCUUUAUAAGAAAGACGGCACAUGCACUACCAUGGGCAUUGGAAAGUGAAAUAAGGUGAAAUUGGUGUAAAGAACAGAAAAGAAAGCAGAAUUCAGUAAUUCUACAUAUCAGAAAAAUGUAACCAAAGCAUUCUUAAUAAUGAAAGUUGAUAGAAAAUAGUAAAUUUUAGGUACUCAGUUAUUCCUAGCUAGCUGAGAAAAUAUUGUAUAGCUAAACUGCCUUAAAGAUAGUGUACAACACUCUUCAGGAUGUUAAUAAUGAUGGCAGAUGUGUGGCACAUUAAAGAAAAUCCAUUUCCAUUGUG